AUGCCAUCCGAGGUGUUUGUCCGUGGGAUGCUCUACCUGUCCCUCACUGUUGUGGGAGUCCCAGGUAACGCCACCGUCAUCCUGGCAUUCCUCCUCCUGCUGUACCAGGAGAACCGCCUCCUCCCAGCUGAUGCCAUCAUCCUGCACCUGGCCUGCGUCAACCUGCUGGUGGUGGGUGUUCGCUGUCUGCUGGAAACCCUGGCAUCCUUCUACCUGGCCGACAUCUUUGGAGACGUGGGCUGUAAGGCUGUGAUCUUUGUCUACAGAACAUCGCGUUCCCUCUCGAUCUGGCUCACCUUUGUGCUGAGCGCCUAUCAGUGCCUGAGCAUCGCCUCUCCUGGAUCACGCUGGGCCUCCAUCCGUGCCUCUGUAGCCCAGCAUUUAGGCUUUGUGUUCCUCUUCCUGUGGCUCCUCAACACCUGCAUGAGCUCUGCGGCCAUACUCUUCUCCUUCAGCACCAAAACCAACUCCAGCCAAACAAACUAUGGCAUCAAUGUACAAUUCUGCUACCUUCCCUUCCCUUCAAAGUUGUCCAAACAGGCAAACGGGGCAGCCCAGGUGGGCAGAGAUGUGGUGCCCAUGGCCCUCAUGACCCUCGCCAGUUUGAUCAUCCUGGUCUUUCUUUACAAGCACAGCCAGCAGGUGAAGGGACUCCGCAGCAGCAGCGGCGGCGCUGGUGGGGGAAGCGGUGGCGCAGAGCAACGGGCUGCUAAAGCCGUGGUAGCACUCGUGACCUUAUAUGUGGUUCUUUAUGGGGUAGAUAACGGGCUUUGGGUGUACACGCUCACUGUGAGGAAGACCAUGACUUCCUCGCUGAUCUCUGACCUGCGUAUAUUCUUUUCCUCGCUCUAUGCAGCGCUGAGCCCAGUGGUCAUCAUUGCAUCUAACAGGAAGUUGAACAGCAGGCUGAGGUGUGUAGUGCAGGAGAAGGCUGUGCAGGAGAAAGUCACGUGUGUUUCUACUGUGUGA